AUGAGAGGCUCGCUCCCGGAGUUCUAUUCCCUCAGAGGAGAGAUCACCGCUGAUCCCGGCGGGACCUUAUCCGGUGGUGAGUGGAGUAGAUGGCCGCUGCCCCACUAUCCUGCCUAACGUAGCCCGACAGACACUCUUGACCGUGGCGGGUCCAGUCCUGUCCCUCCCCCCGGACCGGGGGGGAAUAUUUCGGUCCCCACAGGCGACAACCACAACUGCCGCAAGGCCCAACCACCAGCAAAGCAGUGAAGUGCAAACAAGGCAGCACUCGACAAGACAACACGGAGCAAGACGAUCAGGAACAACUGGGUGCCCAUGCCACAGACCUGAAACGUGUCCUUGAACUCCCUCCAGGACAAAACAGUGGGUCCCUCCAAGCAGCCCACAGCACUACCACCAACAAGCGAGUGGGUGGGUGUGAGGCGAACGGAGAGCGGAUCUCCCCUGGGCACUCCCUAAAUUGCAGAGCCAAUACCCGCACAAUGGGCCCACCAGGGCUGAAGGCCACCAGGGAAAUACUCCCAAAGCAUUGGCCACCGGCGCAGUGGACCUAA